AUUACAGAAAUUGAGAAAAAUUUCCAUUACAGAAUAUUUUGAUUGGCUCCCUGCAAUGUAUGUGAAUUUUGGGGAUCAAUGACAUCCAUGAUCCUGAAUGUAUGCAACCAGAAUAGGACCUCGCCAUCAACAUAAGAUAAUCCUAAAACAAAAGCCAAAUUUAGAAAAGAUCUCCAUUUAUAUCAGCCCAAACAGAAUUGGUGCUAUGAGAAUGUUAGAGGACUGAUGUCAAAGUGGGGACCAGUCUGGAACAGGUAACUGGAGGGACUCGGUUCAUGAACUUGAAUUCACCGUCAGUUCACGGACGUUCGUCUGGCAAUGUUCUACGUCAUGCGAUUACCGCUACACGCUUUACUGUUCUUCACUUUUGCGCUGGAACAGCGUUUGGCGGAAGAAAUUUGGCUGCAGGAUUUGUCCAUGGACAUGGAAAUAGGAGCGUCUACUGAAGGAUAUGAUCAAGUUUCACUACAUUGCGGGGCUGAGAAGAUGACAGUGAAUCUGAAAACGUCAGAAAAUUUCACAGGAGUAAUCUACACUCAAGGUAGUUUCUAUUCAAGACAGGCUCCUUGUUUUUUAGAUCCAGCUCACGGUGGGAAUUUCACUCUGAACAUUCCCUUUGAUCAAUGCGACACUGAAAAUUUUCAUGAUAAGUACAAAAACACCCUAGUCAUCCAGCACGAUGAUGAGUUAAUUACACCAGGUGACGCAGCUUUUGUUUUGGAAUGUGAUUUCUCCAAGCCUACAGAUGUAACAGUAUCAACAGAACUGAACGAACCAGAUAAGGGACUAGUAAGAUCCAGUAUAUCCUUGGUGGACGCCGACCCGGCCAGAGACAAGACAAAGAGAACAGCCUGCGUGAAGAGCGACACGAGCGAAGUCGUUUUCGUUCCUAAUUCAAUCCUGAAGUUAAACGAUGAGCUGUAAAUCAUUGCCCAAUAUAAUGUUAUAUGGGAAUUACAAUAAGGAACUAUAUAUACACUUCUUAACCCUUUCACUGCCAGUGUGGUCCCAUGGGACCUCUUCGUUUGGGCCAUGGUGGUCACUGGUGACCAUUAAGAAAAAUGUGCUAUUGGCAAGAUUGUAGCUUUAUUUUAAUAUAUUUAGCAGUUCUUUGCCAUUAUAAAAUUUUUCAUAUGAAAUUUCUGGCCCACUGCAAGUUCAAAAAUUCGCCUGGCAGCGAAAGGGUAGGUAAGAAGUGGUUCAUUGGAUUUUAGCUAAUUUUCCAUCUGUUACAUUCAUGAUAAAACAAGGUCCAAAUUCCAGUAAUGGAAUUCCAUGAUCCGCUGUUGACUCAAACCGCACUGGCGACGAUUCGUUUGAACGAUACGCGAUACGAUGCCCUGAUAACCUUCUAUUGUAAGAACACAUUAGAAACGACCCCUUUACAUAAUACUUUAUGAGA